AUGACCAUUUCAAACAUUGAUGAUAUUCAAAAAACAUUUCUUUUAUUAUCAAGUCUGAAACAAGAAGAAAGAGAAAAUGCUUCACUAAUCAUUACCAGCUUCUUUUCAAACGCAGAAAAUGUCCAAUCUACAAUACAAUGGAUAUUAUCAGAUGAACGCGAAUUUUUAUGGACCGGAUUCAUAUAUAGACAAGUCCGACAAUGGUUUUACUAUCUGGCUUAUUUUGAUCUUGAAACGUUUCCUGUAUCUAUUAAUCUACUGAAUAUAUUCUCAGAAUUCAUUCGAACACGAGAAUUUUACCAGAGAUACGACUAUAUCCAAAUGAAAUCAAUGCUAGAAAUGAUGUUCAGAACAAAUGUUAAUACAGUUUCCCAUUUAUAUGAAAUUCUCGUUGAAAUACUAGAUGCCAAUCAAGAAACCGAUGAGAGUACAAUAAUUUAUUUAAUUAAUAUUUUCGAUUUAUACUUUUCUUCAUAUGAAAUGCAUGAUUAUAAACAAACAUUCACUCAGAAUCAAGAUAUCAAAACAAGAUGUUGUAAUUUAAUUACUUCCACGUUAACAUCCGAUGUUUUGACCAAAAAUAUUUUCAAUUCUAUUUUAAACAUGCUUGUAAAGCACUAUACACUAUUUAGACACUUUGUUGUGAAGUCAGGAUGCAUCAAUUACAUAAUGCAAGGAAUUUCUUACGAAGACAAAGAACUUUCAACUUCAAUUUUUAAUUAUUUAGCUUCAGUACUUCAUUGUUUCAAUGAUGAUACAGAUCAUAUAUCCAAUUAUAUUCUUGAGAAUAUCGAGCUUAUUAUUGAUACAAAAACUAUUAAAUUAAUCUCAAAAAGUCUUGAAUUGAAUAUUUUAAAUGUAACUGAUGAUUUUUAUCAAAUUAUUCCAUCGAUCAUUUCAUUAUGUACAAUAGACACUGAUUCUUUCGAUGAUUUAUGGGCCAAAUACGACAAUGUCAGAAGUUUUGAUUUAAUUAGAGCUCAUUGUGGUCAGAUUUGUAAAAUAUUAGCAGAAUACAACUUAGAACUGUUUGCUUCUAUUAUUUCUUCUGAAAAUUUGCUUUCUGACCCAAAAAUGAUAGAAAAUAUUUUAUAUAUUUUAGUUGUCAUCAAAGAAACCAUUCAAGAACAAACAGAUUUCUUACUUCAGUUUGUAGAGCAUGUUUUUAAUGCUCAACCAUCAACAAUUUGUGAAGUUUCAACUUUUAUAAUAUUUUUAUCAGAAUUUCUUUAUUUAGAUCCUUCAAACAUUUCUUCCAAGAUCAAUGAACUGCUAGUAUGGUACUUUUCAGAGUAUAAUAAUGAAAUUUCUGAUAUUAUGAUUCUUACUCUGUUUAAAGCAAUAGAGAAAUGUGAUUCCAUAUGUAUAUUUGAUUCAGAACAAUUAUUAAGUAUUGUUCAAUUAAUAUUACCAAACAAAACAAUGCUGAUGUACUCAUUACAGAGUUUGUUUAUUUAUGUUAAAUAUCAAUAUAUAGAUACAAAUGAUUUAGCUGUAUUAAUGGAGAUAUUAGGAGAAAUUGUUAAUGACGUUGAUAUUAUUGAACCAGAUGAUUUAAUUGAUAUUGAUGAAAAUUACUUUAAUGAAUUAGAUAUUUUGGAUUUGACUCAACCGAAUUUGAUUCCUAUUGACAGAAUGCCUGAUAUUAAUAUUUCAGAUGAAAAUGAUGCUCAAGAUACUGAUGAUAAUCAAUUCUAUAAACUUUCUAAAGGAACACUAAAUUUGUUCACGAUUUUUUAUGUUAGAUAUAGAAAAAUUGUUGGAGAAGAAAUUGAUGAACUUCUUUUGAUAUUACAUAACUCAGCUGAUAACAGUUGGAUUAAUGAAUUAGUUCAAGCAUACUAUGAAGUAAAUGGAAAUGAUGAGAUAUAUCAGAUGCUUGCAAAAAAUAACAAUCAAAAUUAA